AUGCAGUUUUUUCCUCCAACUUCUCGCGUUCUCCGGAGCCCACGAGAAGCCUGUGUCUCUUCCAGGUGACGUUGCCGCAAACUGGUGGACAGCUAAGCAGCCUAGCUCGGCUGAAGUGGGGUUUCGACAGUCGACACUAGCUAAAAAUGGCGUUCACAUUCGCGGCCUUUUGUUAUAUGCUUGCUCUGCUGCUGACGGCAGCCCUGAUAUUCUUCGCCAUUUGGCACAUCAUUGCAUUUGAUGAGCUGAAAACAGACUACAAAAACCCUAUAGACCAAUGCAACACACUGAACCCGCUGGUGCUCCCUGAGUACAUGAUCCACAUGUUCUUCUGCGUGAUGUUCCUGUGUGCAGCGGAGUGGCUCACGCUAGGUCUUAACAUGCCCCUGUUGGCGUACCACGUCUGGAGGUACAUGAGUCGGCCAGUGAUGAGUGGGCCUGGCCUGUACGACCCCACCACCAUCAUGAACGCAGACAUCCUGGCCUACUGCCAGAAAGAGGGCUGGUGCAAGCUCGCCUUCUACCUCCUCUCCUUUUUCUACUAUCUCUACGGGAUGAUCUACGUGCUGGUCAGCUCCUAAACAGAAAGAACACUCUUCGGAAGGAAGUAGGAAGAGGUGUGUGGGAAGGACGACACAUGCUCAGAUCUUUUUUCACCAAAAAUAUUUUGAGCUGAAAUUUGGACCUCUACACACACCCUUUGUCAGAGAGAGCAUUUCAAAAGGCUGACAGACUCUUAACCAAUCCCCCGUCUCCCCCCUAAGCAAUGAGGACAGGACAUGACAUGGCAGCCCUUUCAAAAUAAGAGUCCUCUUGAAAAGGGACUAAAACCACACUAUAGCCCUGAAUAAUUAGCCUGUUUUUUUCCUUCUCUUUUGUUUAUGUGCUGAAUUUAUUUGUGAAGUUAAAAUAAAGUUUAUAGUAUUUUACCUCGUCCCCAUCCCCAAUUUUGAAAUCAGGAUACAAUAUGUACAUGCUGAUAGGUAGUCUAUUCACAUUUUUGAAGAAGUGAAUGAUGGCAGGAUUCAUUUUCAUGAAACUAUGUGAAUUAAAUUACUUGUUACAUCAGGCAAUAUUUAUUGCAUGUGUACACUUGCCAGGAUUUUGAAGAUAGAUGUUUAAUUUAAAUGUAUUUGAUCGGGCAGCUGGAUUAAAAAAAUCAGAGCAGUCCAUGCAGUUAUUGUAGACAUUGCAGUGGGUUGUACUAGCAGGUAGAGCAGGAGUUGUGGUAACCAGGAAGAGGAUGACAAUCAGUUGGGUUGUCAACAAGUGUCUACAUCCCCUAUUCAUCAAAAUAUGUGUGCUUUGAGGACAUAGUUAGUUCAGCUUCAUAUGUAACCAGUGUUGGGCCAACCUAGGAGGAAACUGUUGGAACUGUACUCAAUGACCAUAUUAGGAUGCCCUCUGUGUUCAGAUAAGAACUUAAUAUGAUAAACUAUUAUGCAUCUGAAAUGGGGUAUUUUUCAUGGGAAUAUCAGGUUUUUGGAAUAUCGAGUUUCAGUUUUGCCACCUAUUUAAUUUUUGCCAACGUGUGUUUGUGUGUGUCUGUGUGUCUCCUGGGACACAGUAUAUGUAGGCAUCAUAGCCGAUAUCAAACAUGGAACCUCUUCCGUCUGUUUCCCCUCCUUCCUAUUGUAACACUUUCCUGAGUUGACACUCCUUUCACAUUAUGUUGAAAGCAAAUUAUUCUUAUGUCUGAAGACUGUGUGGAAUGUUAAUGCAUCUUUGUUGUUUUAUUUGAAUAUAAGUUAUGUUUUCAAAAGAA